AAGCCAGGGAACACAAAGAUGAAAAUGGGAAGUGCAUGAGGUGAGGCAAAAAGUACCUUCCAAUCCCUGCGCCUAGCCAGCCACCAGGAUCAUUCAUCAGCUCCAUCUUCAUCGAGCACUUCAAUCAAGCAGACAGUAUCUACUCUGCCUCACCAAGAUAACCCUGAGGUUCAGUAUGAAGGACCAGGAAUAAAGUAGUAAACCCCACAUUUGCAUCGGACAGCGAAGGGGAAUUCUCCCACUUUUUCCACUUUGGAGAAAGCGGACAGCACCGGAGAACCAUAAGGCGUAACCCUAUUCUAUUUGUUGCUUCAGGUGCAGCUAGCACGUUGUUCCACUGGGAACAGAGGAGGGACAGCGGCGGCAGCAGCAGCAGUGGCGAGCGGGCCAGUGGGGUUUUAUUCGUUUGCCUUCAGGACAGCGGAAUAAUGGUACACUGUGCGGGCUGCGAGAGGCCCAUCUUGGAGCGCUUUUUAUUGAACGUGUUGGAUCGAGCUUGGCAUGUCAAGUGUGUCCAGUGCUGUGAAUGCAAGUGCAACCUAACGGAGAAAUGCUUUUCCAGGGACGGCAAGCUUUAUUGCAAACAUGACUUUUUCAGACGGUUUGGUACGAAAUGCGCCGGCUGCCUUCAGGGUAUCUCCCCGAGCGACCUCGUGAGGAAGGCGCGGAACAAGGUGUUCCACUUGAACUGUUUUACCUGUAUGGUCUGCAACAAGCAGCUUUCCACGGGGGAGGAAUUGUAUAUAAUUGAUGAAAACAAGUUUGUGUGUAAAGAAGAUUAUGUGAACACGUGCGCCAUUAAGGAGGUCAAUUUAAAUUCAGUGUCUUCGUGCACAGACAGAAGUUUAUCACCGGACCUCCAAGACCCCACAAACGAAGACACUAAGGAAACGGACAAUUCCACUUCUUCUGACAAGGAAACCAACAAUAAUGAGAACGAGGAGACGAACUCGACCACGAAGAGGAGAGGCCCGCGGACCACUAUUAAAGCGAAGCAGCUGGAGACGCUGAAGGCGGCCUUUACAGCCACCCCCAAACCGACCAGGCACAUCCGGGAGCAACUGGCACAGGAGACCGGCCUCAACAUGAGAGUCAUCCAGGUGUGGUUCCAAAACCGGCGGUCCAAAGAGAGACGAAUGAAACAGCUGAGCGCGCUGGGGGCACGGAGGCAUGCCUUCUUCAGGAGCCCUCGGCGCAUGAGGCCACUAGGCGCGCGGCUUGAUGAAUCCGAAAUUAUGGCAUCAGGGGCUUAUAACUACUAUGGAGAAUACCAAGGUGAAUACUACGGGCCUCCUGGAAACUACGACUACUUCCCUCACGGCCCUCCCUCCUCGCAGGCUCAGUCCCCAGCCGACCCCAACUACCUUCCCGGCUCAGGACCCGGCCAGCUGGAAGGUCCUCUUUCAGGGCACCACCCCUCAGAAAACCAAAGGUACACGGACAUGAUCUCACACCCAGACACCCCUAGCCCUGAGCCGGGCCUCCCUGGGCCCCUGCACCCCAUCCCUGGUGAGGUGUUCAGCGGGGGCCCCAGCCCACCCUUCUCGGGCUACAAUGCCCCCCUGUCCCAUCCAGGCCAGGAUAUGAGUGAAACCGCUGUGUGGUAGAGGUCUGCUCACACCAUUCUGGUAUUGCCAAGGAACUUUCAGAACUUUUUUGAGAAAAAUAUCACAUCCGGACCUCUAUACCAAAAUAGAAUGCGAUAUGGAUCCUGAAGCAGUCCUGGACAGUCUGUGUGAAGGUGGAGAGACGGGGACUGAGAUCACCUGCCCAGUGGUGCUCCAUCAUCGCUUUAGCUUUCACAGGGAAUCAAGUUGUUCAUGCAGCCAUGCUGGGUCCUGGUUGCCUGUGUGAUUUCUGUUUAUUUUAUCAACCCGCUAUUCAGCAAGCUCUCCCAAUGAGGAUGCUGUCAUUCAAGUGUGGGAGAUGCACAGCCCUAUGAUAUCCCAGUCAUUAUGUGUGUAACAGAGUGGAGGAUGGGCGCUUAAUGGUGCACCCCACAAGCGAGCGACUUAACCACUAUGCAAAAGAGCCAGAUUUGUCUGCAUUCGUGGUUAUAGAGUUUGUAACCGCACUGGCAGGGGUCCGAAUUGGUAAUGGCAUCACACACACCUCUGCCCAUUACACAAGAUUUUGGUCAUUUUGGUUCUAGCUACUCAGAAGUGUGAAAGAAAUGGGUGCUAGUCUUCCUAGCCUAAAAAAAUCAAUCAAUAAAAAUGCAUAAUCUACACAAUAUCUAACUCAUCAUUUUCUGCAGUUUUCUGUAGGCACACAAAUAAAGAUCAAUCUUGAAUCACUAAAGUAUUAAUCAACCAACACUAUAACAAGCUCUAUGCUAGCACUUCUGUAUUUGUUCAGUGGCACGUUAGCUCUGAUAUAGCUCUGUGAAGCUGUGUGUAUUAGCCCUGGAAUCGACAACAACAGCAGUUUUUAAUAAUAAACCAUUACAGAAACUGAUCCGUAGUGUCACUGGGUAUAUUCAUGGCUGCAUUUGCUCCUUUUCAAGAGUUAUUUUUCAGGAGUUCACAAAAUGCCAGAAUUAAAAAGUAAGUAUUUAACUGGGGUUCUGCAUUGGAACACCAUUACACCUGUUAAUUAUACAACAGGUUUCACCACUUUCAGUUUAUGACCAGUUGAGAUGACGACACGCCAUGAUUAAGUGGGGUGGAGAUACUGGUAUCCACAGUCAACAAUAGGAAAGCGUCAGGUAUGAUUGACACCUGUUUCAUUUGCUGUGAUUUCCCUUGUCUUGGCUAUCUCUGCCCUGGCUGCAUUUGGUCAACCAUUUAACAUGAUUCUCUUAAGCAGCAAACUCCCCACAACCUGAUGCCAAUGCUCAAAAAUAAAUGUCUCCAACAGGCUAGUGAUUAUAGUUUCUUACAGUAUUGUGUGAGCCCCUGAAAAGUAAAGGUUGAAAAGGAACGCUCCUAUUGAAGGUGUUUCUUUAGUAGCAUUGUGUGCCACUUUGUCAGGUAUUGGGCCACUCCAUCUCAGGAGGAGCUGUCCAGCCAAAUGAAGCAGAGUGGGGAUGUGGGGCUUCUAUUACUAGGUUAGUGUAGUUUAAAUAGUGCCAAGAACAUUAGAAUUCCAUUGCUAUUUCUAUCAGGAUCCCAUUGCCAUUGUCCCUUGUUGCACAUUGUGACAGAGGGGCUGUGCAACCAAAACUGACCUUCUUUCUGUGGCUCAUUCUUUUUAAUAGAAAAGAACAUUGCAUUUAUUACUCACAAUACCCUAGAACAGCUGAUGCCUGCGCUGGGAAUGGCAGAAUUGUUUUCUUUUCCCUCAGAAAGAAAAAUACAACAGCAUCUGGGAUGUAUUACAUCACUCUGUCCUGAGAAAGUGCCAUAUCGCCACCUGUUGGGGGUGUUUGGAAUAGAGGGAAUGUCCCCAGACGAGCGCUAUCUGCUGUCCUGUUCAAACUUUGUCUGAGUCACUCAGUUAAAACAUCAUCAAGCGAAUUUGUAAGAAAGUCAAGCAGUCCAGCUGACAUUGAAGAAGGCCAUAGUCAAAUUGUUUGUCAAUUGCUAUUGUGGAAAAAACAUCAGAGCUACACACACACACACACAACCACAAACACGCUAUGAUGCAGGUUAUAGGUUAAUGGUUAACUGAACACCUUUCCUUACGGAUUGGUCAUUCCAAUUGCAUUUCAACUGAAAGCCAAUCAUAUACCAGAUUCAAAACAGGCCCCACCCAUCUCCCCUCCCCCAGCUGUCCUGUUACCCGGGUUUUAUUUCAACAGAAAGUUUGUAUCAUUUUUGGUUCACCAGAAGAAAGUUUGUAUUUUUGUUUUUCAGAAGACCAAUUACUUGUAGAUUUCUUACUUUGUAUAAAAUACAGAUGAAAUAUAUCCUUGUUAUUUAUUGUCUGGUUCCAGUGUGCUCUGGAAUUGGGCACGUGUGAAGCACAGGGGAUAGGCCAGUUCA